AUGUCGGACGACGCGGAGGUAACCAUUCGCGCGCAUUGGAAAUCCUUUGUCGCGUGUGGUGUCAUGGCGCUGUCACCCUUUCAGUAUGGGCUCGACUUUGGCAUCAUCGGCGGCUUCCAAGCCAUGCCGGGCUUCCUUCAGAUUUACGGGCAUCCAGCCCCGGAGACCGUGCUCGGUUGGAACAUCUCGACCACGAGGCAGCAGCUCAUCUCCUCUCUGAUGACCCUUGGAGCCUUCACCACCACUGGCCUGGCAGGCAUCAUCGCCAUCAAACUUGGUCGCAGAGUUUCCAUGUGGCUGUCGUGCUUGCUCUGCAUCGUCGCCAAUGUUAUCAUGAUGACUACCACGCACAUCGGCGCCCUUUACGUCGGCCGCUUGGUGAUUGGGUUGGCAAAUGGCGGUCUCAUCAUUUUCUCCCAGCUUUAUAUCCAGGAAGUCAGCCCCGCAAAAUAUCGAGCCUUGUUCUUCAACGCGUUUCAGUUCUGCGUAUCCUUGGGAACGCUGAUUGGUACCAUUAUAGAUUGGGCGACAGCCAAGCGACCAGAUAGAUCGGCAUACUUGAUUCCGCUCUCCGUCGUCUUCGUCAUUCCCGUCGUCCUCAUAAUCGGCAUCUUUUUCAUCCCAGAAUCUCCUCGGUGGCUUAUAGAGAGGGGGCAAAGCGACAAGGGCCGCAAGUCCUUGGACUGGCUCCGCCCAACGAGCGUGGAAGCCGACCAGGAGGCAACGGAUAUUCAACGUGCCAUCGAACUUGAACGUGAUACAAAGGAUGGCAUUUCAGUGCUUGACAUGUUCAAAAACCCCAUCGAUCGACGCCGAACCAUUCUCUCUAUAUGUGUGGUGUCGCUGCAAAAUGUCCCCGGCUCCAUGUUUAUCAUCCCAUACAAGGCUUACUUCCUCGCCAUCGCCAAGGUGAGCGACCCCUUCGCAAUGAGUAACGUCCUCAGCGCUAUUGGUCUGCUGGGUCUUAUUGUGGGCGCAUCCCUCGUCGUCCGAUAUGGGCGUCGCCGGGUGCUCCUGAUCGGUGGCCUAUUAGGGUGCGGCACCCUCCAGCUAGCCAUGGCCGUGACGUACGACAAGCACGGCGGGACGCCUGAAGCAGGCAAGGCGAUUGUGGCUCUGUGCUCCGUCUUCAUGUUUGUUUACGUGGGAGCGAUUGGUCCAUAUUCCUAUUUGAUUGGAGGCGAGCUUCCUUCUCAACGUCUACGAACCUACACGUUUGGACUAUCAAGCUCCAUUGGCUUUCUGCUAACGUGGUGCAUCACCUUCACCGCACCGUACUUCAUUAACCCCAACUCGCUAGGCUGGGGCCCGAAAUACGGAUACAUUUGGUUCCCAUCGGCUAUGAUUGGAGCUCUGUGGACCUUCCUCUUCCUUCCCGAGCUAAAAGGGAGGACUUUGGAGGAGAUUGACGAAAUGGUAUUUCCUCCCCCGUCGCGAUCUUAA